AUGGUUCACCAUCCAACACCAUCCCACUCGCGUACAGAUUUGUCACCAGCAGCUAUCAUACACAUGUACUAUAACUUGGCAACCACUGAUUGCAUCAAUUUGCUUGCUCAAAAUGAACAAUAUUUAAGAACCUCGUCAAAUAGCUUUCACUACCAAACGCUCCAGCAACUUGGUUUGAACAUUGCAGAUUUGCUAUCAGCAGUCAAGGAGCAUAUCGAUCAAGCCUUGCAAGCAUUACCAAGUCUAACUGACAGUCAUUCAAGCUGGAAAGUAUGCAUGGAACAGGUUAGGCAGCACCAUCAAGAACUAGUUCAACUAAUACGCUCAAUUCCCAACAAUCCACCUUUAAUCAAUCAUGAUAAAUCGUCACUGCCUAAAAAACAAUCUAGGGUUGAUGUGGAAUCUGUUGAAAUAUACCAACAUAUUAAUUCGGUACUGCAGAUGCUUAUAACCAACAUAUCUCAGUUUCAAAUUCUGUGCAGCAGUGAUAUCUCCAGCCAUGGGCUUGAUACCAUGUCUGCAUAUAUAGCUAACGAGUCGUGUAAUGCUGAAUCAGAACCCUAUUCAAACGAUCCUGUUGCAAUCAUACCUCAAUACAGCUGUAAUGAAAGCCUAAAUCAUGCCAUGAUGUCAGGCAUGUCCAGCAUUCAGUCUUAUGGCGUGAUAGGACCAGGAAACUCAAACUAUAUGCAGGCCAAUAAUCUGGAAAGCUUAUCCCAAUUGGAUAAUCAUACCAGUCUAACUGCACAGCAAUACUUGUCAGAAAUCAUUACACCCGACUUAUUACAAAGUAUCAAUCAAAUGCAUACUUCUCCAGAAUCUACUUUGCCUGGUAUGAACGACUCUAGUGAAAACGUAAUAUCAUGCAUCAACUCUGCACUUUAUUGUUUGCAAUCUAUUAUUGAGCUUUCUUCUCAACCAUUUGAUGCAUCUCAAAGAAAAGAUUUAUACGAUCUUGCCUACAACGCAAUGCUGCACAUUACCAAACUGCUUUCCCAUUAUCACAUAGAAUCAAGUUUUUCUGCAGAAACAACACAGCGUAUUUCACAGGACUUGCAAGUGGCCAAAAUAGAGGUGCAGGAAAAAUCAGCAUUGAUGCAGCGGAUCUACAACCAAAAUGUCAAACUACGUGAUCGAUGUUCAGAAGUUUUAGAAAAGUCUAAACAUCAUAAGAGCAAGGGAAAGGAACUACUUGUAGCCACUAAGCAUGCUACCGAAUAUGCCAACGAUGUCAAUGCUAGAUACAAACAGCUCGAUAUUACGAUUAAAAAAACGAACGAUGCCAAUUCAGCUUUAAAAAUCGAAAAUGAGCAAUUCAAAAAAGAAGCUGCAAUUGCCAAUCAAAAAAUUCAGGAAUUGAUGAAUGAAAAAGUUGCAGCAGAACAAGCUUCUCGUGAACUUUCAAAUGAAAAGGCUGCUACAAAGCAGAAACUUGAGCAACUUACACAUGAAAAAGCUACUCUUGAUUUACAAACUCGGGAACUGCAAGAAAAAAUCGCUUUUUUACACAAGGAAAUGGAUAAAGCUCAAAAAUCGUUUGAUUGUGAUUUGGUAUCGUGUAUAUCGAAAAUGGAGCAGAAAUGCAAGAAUCUAGAUUCAAAUAUUCAAACACUCCAAAAGGAAAAUGUAGCGGCCAAUGCAAAAAUAGCAGCACUUUUGAAACCUCAGUGUGAUUGUGUGUUGAAGCAUGAACCCAUUGGUUUAUUUGACAAUACUUUAUUGUCUGCCUCUUUUACCCAAGCUACAGAUUCACAAAAAAAGAUGCAAUCAUUCAAACCUGGUCGUCCGCUUCCUACGAUUCCGUACUCCACAACCACUUCAGACUCGAUCAACAAAUUAGAUUUAUCUAGGUCAGACAAACUUUCCAUUCAGCUAGCAAGCCAAAACAACCAAACUGGCCAAUUUUUUAAAAAUUGCAAUAUCUUCAACUAUCGAGAUCUUCCAUGGGACAGUAUUGAGAAUGCGCUGAGUGCACAUAAAGUAUAUUGCAGUUUGUUGAGUCGCCCCAUUCAAAUUUAUUCCGUGUACCCGGCCAUUUUGCGUAGAUUUAAAAAUAGACAUAUUACUGCUACAAUUAUCCAAUCACACUGGCGAGGAUACAAAAACCGUAAACAGUUCUAUAAACAUAGAAACAGACUUUUUGUUUGUGGAGAGCUUGUUGAAAAUGAGGCAUCAUACCUACAACAUCUUUUUAUUUUGAUCAAAUCUGCGCUUCCAAUUAAAGAAAUUCUAAAAUCGGGUCAAAAAGGAGCACUAUCCAGAACUAGAUUUUGCAGUAUCUUGCAUUCCAUUGAAGCAAUCGCCAAUGUAACAGCCACAAUAUUGUAUAAAAUACUCAAACGACUGGAUGUUUGGCAUGUCAAUCAGACAGUCGGAGAUGUGCCCCAUUUGAUGUCAUACAAAGCGUAUAUUGAGCAGUACUCUGAGGUUUUAAAAUACUAUGGGCUGCUUGGUAAUGGAUCUGAGCUUAUUAAAAACACGUCAACUCAUCACCCUGAUAGGCACCUUAUACAGAAAGCAUGUGAUCAACUCCAUCAACUAGUGUUGCAGAUUGAUGGGAACAGUAUAGAAAAUAUGGAAUUCAUUUUGUCCGAUUUUCCACAGUCACUUGAGCAAAACAAGCGAUCUCUACUCUAUUCAAUUUCACUUGAUGAAAACACUCAGACUAUUGAAAAAGUAGCCAACGAAUUUAGGAUGGUAAAUCGAGUGCUGUUGGUUUACUCUGAUCUGAUUAUUGGAGCAGAUGUAAUGCCAUCAAAAAACUCAACCCUCAAACAACUUCGAUUUCAAUGGGGAUUAGCGUUGAGCGAUGUAACUGCAAUUGAAUAUAAUCCAGCAGUUUUGAAUGAUAAAAAGCAUAACUUGGGUGCUAUGUGCAUAUCAUGGAGAUGUGAUGAAAGAUCAGGAACCUAUUGUAUUCCCUACAUCAAUUCCCAAAUGGGACUAUCAUGGACUUUGAAAAUUCAAUCAACUUGGAAGAAUGCUUCCAAAUUUCCUGGCAUGACAAACAAGCUGGGACUGAUAUCGCGGUCUUUGGUUGAUACUACUGGUGAAAAUAUUAGAAAUACGCCUUUUAAUUUGCUGGGUGAUGCAUUCGGUCAAAUCAACAUACAAGAUGAUCAAAUUAAAUGCUGA